AUGCUCCAGUGCUCCUCUGUGCGGUGGGUGGGUCUCUUGCUGCCCACCAGCUCUCCGCUGCGCAGCGGCUACAAGUACUUCGAGGACAUGUUCCCCAAGCAUGAGCCUGCCCCGCGCUAUGCGACGUAUGAGGAGCAGGCCCUUGGCGUCACAGUCAAGUGUCUUGAGCCAAAGAAGCAGCUGACGGAGUCGGAGAAGCUGCAUCAUCUGCAUGAGUGGAAGAAGGACGGGGAUGGCCUCACACCGCCUCCGGAGUUUGGGUGGCCGGAGGAGUGGGGCCCUGAGCCGGGUGAGGAGGGGCACAGUGAGUGGUACAAGAAGAACCGCAUGUACAUGUCCUACGAGGAGAAGUCAAAGUACGACCUCCGCAUUGGCGUCCCCGUAGAGAAGAACUCGAUGCGGCACCAGGAGAUGCCGUACCACAAGCGCAUGAAGGCUGCGUAUCAUAAUUUGCAGGAGGAGAAGCCGCAGUGGUUUGACCCGCGGCAGCGCAAAUACUGGGCACGCUACUCCUACGAGGACCAGCGGGACUCCGUUGCCAAGUCGCGUGAUGACUACUUGACUGAGUGGCUGGAAAAGCCGGAAGUCACGCGUGAAAAUGUGGCGAAAAAGAUAGGGGAUUACAAUGGCACGGCAAAAAAAUCAGAAUGUGAAGCCGGUGCAGCGACGCCCUGA